AUGGCGGGGCGCGCUCUGCGAGGCGCUGCGCCCCCGGCCCCGGGCGGGGAGAGGCGGGCGGCGCUGGGGCUGCUGCUGCAGGUGCUGCUGGGCUGGGGCUCGGCUCAGCAGCCCGGCUCCUGCCCCGCGCCCUGCGAGUGUUCCGAGACGGCCCGGACGGUGAAGUGCGUGAACAGGAACCUCACGGCGGUGCCCCCGGACCUGCCGCCCUACGCGCGGCUCCUCUUCCUCACGGGCAACCGGCUCGCCAGCCUCCCGCCCGGCGCCUUCCUUUCGCCCCCGCUGCCCCAGCUCAGCCUCCUCAACCUGAGCGGCAGCCACCUGGAGCAGGUGGAGGCGGGCGCCUUCGCCAGCCUGCCCAGCCUGAGGCAGCUGGACCUGAGCGGCAACGCCCUGGCCAGGCUCAGCCCCGAGGCCUUCGGCAACGCCAGCAGCCCCCUGGAGAAGCUGAACCUCAGCAACUCCCUCAGCAGCCAGAGCGCGGUGUCCGCCCUGGCCGAGCUGCUGGGCUCGGGGGUGCUGGGCAACCUGAGCCGCCUGGAGCUGGCCGACAACAGGCUGCUCUCCCUGCCUGCGGGCAUGUUCUCCUCCCUGCCCAGCCUGCAGCACCUGGACCUGCGGAACAACUCCCUGGUGAGCUUGCAGGCCGCGACCUUCCACAGCCUGGCCCAGCUUCAGAGCCUCGACCUCAGCCACAACUCCCUGAAGUGCCUGAAGAACGCCACCAUCGCCCAGCUCCGCAGCCGGCCCGCGCUCCGCAGGAUCAGCCUGGACCACAACACCUGGGUCUGCGACUGCUGCAUCGAGCACUUGGUGAGCUGGCUCAAGGAGAGCGACCAGGUGGAAGGGAAAGGGGCCUUGAAGUGUUCUUACCCUGACAAGAUGCGGGACAAACCCCUGGUGAAGACCAACAGCUCAGACCUGGACUGUUCUGUGCCUGUAGACAUCCAGUCCCAACUGCAAACUUCGUAUGUCUUCUUAGGGAUAGUGCUGGCUCUCAUUGGAGCCAUUUUUCUCCUAGUUUUGUAUUUGAACCGAAAAGGAAUCAAAAAGUGGAUGUACAAUAUCAGAGAUGCAUGUAGGGAUCACAUGGAGGGAUAUCACUACAGAUACGAGAUGAAUGCAGACCCCAGGUUAACAAACCUCAGCUCUAGUUCUGAUGUAUGA